AAGAAGAGGAGGAGGAGAGUGAUGAUGACUACGACAUAUAUGACGAAUACUUGAAAUAUUGUUAUCCCUACAUCCUUUAUAUUAUGGCCAUACCAAUAAAACACACCUCUUUCUUUUCAGAUAUCAACCCUCGUGCUAUAAGCACCCCGUAUUGUGGGUGGGAUCUGGUGGUUCUUCACGCUAAUCAUCAUCUCCUCGAAUCCAAUAUCGACACAUACAAGCGUAUGUAUGCAUACAUGAAAGAUCGGCCCCACGUUAUGGCUGAGACCUACCAGCAGGGAAUAGAGAGGGUCAGAAAAGGAAACUAUGCUUUCUUCAUGGAGAACCUGAUGAUUGAUUACCAGGUUCAGAGAGAUUGUGAGUUGAUGCAGGUCGGAGGGCAGCUAGAUUCAAAAGGAUAUGGAGUUGGUUUGCCAAUGAAUUCUCCGUAUCGGGAUAAGCUAUCUAUGGCCAUUCUGGAACUGCAAGAGGGUGGAGUAAUACAGAUGUUAUACAAUAAAUGGUGGAAGGAUACAAGCACAUGCAUUAGAGAUGAUACGAAGGAGUCUAAAGCUAAUGCCCUUGGUGUUGAGAAUGUGGGUGGGAUCUUUGUGGUGCUUUUGGUUGGGCUUGCCCUGGCUGUGGUCGUUGCCAUGCUGGAGUUUAUAUACAAGUCUAAAGAGAAUGCUCACGAGGGCAGGGCAUCUCUAUGUACUGAAAUCAUUCGAGAACUUCGCUUCGCCAUCCGCUGUGGAGGUUCCUCCAAACGACUCAAAAAUAGGAACAAAACAAACUGUACAAGUUGCCAGCAUACAAAGAUACAACUAAAUCAGUCUCCCAAUGGCGUCCUCCAGCCGCCACAGGGCAGCAAACACAUAGCUCCGGUGCCUUCCAUAAUAACUACAGCAGUUCACAGUGAACCUGACUAUGGCCGUGAACACAAGGGAGAUUAUCUGCAAGUUGACUGUAGCGAUCACGAAGUAUGA